AUAAAAAUGGACCGAUCAAAGCUUCCUGAAUAUGUUUUACAAGGUUUACCAAAACUUGAUACGUUUACAAUUGUUAGUAAACGUUUCACACUUUCCUUCUUAAUGAAUAUUGGAUUUGCAAUAAUGUUUACUGGAGUUAUGUUGACUAAUUUUAAUAGAUGUUUGUUGCCAUCGCAUGAAAAUAAUGUGGGUCCAUUUUUACAUGUAUCUAGUUUCUUAGUAGGGUUCGUAAUAUCCCAAAUUCCAGCUGCUUGCAUAAGUUUAAAAGUUUCUCCAUUAAUUUGGUUUGGUCGAAGUAUUUUAGCGCAUUCAAUUUUAAUAUUUUUAUUUCCAAUAUUUGGAGGUGUUGGUUAUGGAUUUUUCGUUAUAAUGAAAUUUAUUGAGGGUAUAGUAUCAGGCGUAACAUUUAUUGUAUUCCAUGCAGCUUGGAAAAAUUGGACGCCUGCCGCUAAUAGAUCUACAUUAAUAACAUUCGCAUUAUCUGGACGUUAUUUUGGUGAUUUAUUCGGGGAAUUAAUGGCAAAAUAUUGUCCAGGAUUACCAGUUUGGGUAGUCCUGUCUGGUGUAAUCGGUAGUUGCGGAAUAAUAUGGUGGUUUGUAUGGGAGAGUAUGGUUUAUGAAACACCAAAUAAACAUCGGACGAUAAGUGAAAAAGAAUAUAAUAAGAUACAUCCAACUAUUCGAGAAGAAAUACGACCAACUGAAGAUUUGUCAUGUACACAAAUAAUUUUUUCCGUCCCUUGCCUUGUGUUGGUUAUUGUAAAUGUAUUUCGAGCAUGGAAUAAAAAUCUCUAUGCAGAUAUAGGAGAGGAUAUGCUCUUCAUUCGUGUUAUAAAACUAAUCGCAUUCCCGCUUUCUGGAUAUUUGGCUGAUGUUUUGGUACGAAAAACCUCAUUAACAAUAAGUCAUGUACGAAAAUUAUUUAUAACUGGCGUCUUUUUGUUUGAAUUUAUUUAUUUCUUAUUACUGACAUUUGAAGAUUUUAUGAAGAUGGGAAAUUGGUUAUAUUGGUUUAUUAUUUUCAUGGAAAUAUUAUAUAACGCAUCGGUUGGUGCAACAAUUGUAAACGCUGUGGACAUUGCACCAAGUCAUGCUGGUGUUACUGUUGCGAUUAUGAAUAUUUUUUCGGAGGUUUUUUACAGAAUAUCAUUAAAUGCGGAAGUGUAUUUGCGUCAAAUAAAUUGGCAUGUUACGGUCCAUUUUAUUGCAAUAAUUGGACAUUUUCUUGCUGGAGUAGUUUAUGGAGUUUUUGGAACAGCAAAUCCUAUCACUGUGAAAUCAUAA